GGCGAGGCGCGCGGUUAUUUGGUGUUUUAUAAAAUGGCGGCGUGAAAGAGAGGCGGGAGUGAAGUUGACAUUCAUUUAAAUCCAACGAUUUACUCGUUUUACUGAACGGGAGGGGUUUUCUCAGAAUCUGCGCGAGGACCGGUGGCUUCCGUACUUGCGAAAAAGAAAGCUGAACUCGGCUGCGAUGGCAAAAAGGUUAGCGGACAAGGAGCUGACGGACCGGAACUGGGACCAGGAGGACGAAGGAGAGGAGGCAGGAACAUUUUCCAUCGCCAGUGAAGACGUGCUGAAGAACCGGCCAAUCAAGAAGGCGAAGCGUCGAAAUGCUGCAGCCGAGGGUGACACUGGAGGUGCUUUUAAAGCCUUUAAAGGAUUUGGAUCGAGCACAGGCGGAGGAGGUUCCACAACUUUCUCAGGGUUUGGGAACGGUGCUGGGUUUAAGGCUCCCCUGGGUGGUCUGACCAAUGGGAACGGCAGUUCGACUGCUCCGCCCUCCUUCUCUACCCUGAGUUCUGCACCUGCAACCAAGACCACUGUUGGCUCAUUAACAUUUAAUGGCCCCACCUCCACUCAGCCCCCUGCUGCUGAUGUCAGUGGGAAACAGCCAAAUGGCUCCUCCCCCAGCCCAGCUCAGAGCCCCAGCAGUCGGGAAUACAGCCGGCAACUGACUGCACUCAACUACUCGGUGCGUGACUGGAUCACUAAGCACGUCAACGACAAUCCGCUGUGCGACCUCAACCCCAUCUUUCGUGACUACGAGCGGCACCUGGCCAGCAUCGAGCAGAAGUACGGCAGUGGCUCUGAGAGCGAGGCAGAGACGCCUGCGCAGGGGACACCUCUGUCAACCGCCGCCUCUUCCUCCAGCAGCAGCAGCAGUAGUAGCAGCAGCAGCAGCAUAGCCCCGUCGUCAGGGGCAACGCUGUUCUCUGUCGAGAAGGAGGGAGAGAAGGAGAGCACAGAUGCGCAGGCAGGCAGCAGCGCAGCGGCCCCAGCCGGUGUCACGUUCAACUUCGGGAAGAAGGUUGACAGUUCUGUGCUGGGGUCCCUGGGAAGCUCUGGGAACCUACCCAGCUUUUCCUUCUCCAGCCAGAGCGCAUCUGGGUCCCUGUUUGGCAGCCAGGGCACGACGGCGACUUUCUCGUUCGGCGUGGCCAAAGCGGAGGCAGCGAGCAUCGAGCAGACGAAAGAUGAGAACGGAGGAGCUGAUGAAGAGUCAGAGGAGCCCCCCAAGCCUGUGGUCACAGAGGUGAAGGAGGACGAUGCCUUUUACUCCAAGAAAUGCAAACUGUUCUACAAGAAGGAGAACGAGUUCAAGGAGAAGGGUGUGGGGACGCUACACUUGAAGCAGGUGGCCGACGGAAAGACCCAGCUUCUGGUCCGUGCUGACACGAACCUUGGAAAUAUUCUGCUCAACAUCCUGGUGCACUCGUCCAUGCCCUGCUCACGGAUGGGUAAGAACAACGUGAUGGUGGUGUGUGUGCCCAACCCUCCGGUGGACAAGAACCCGAGCAGCGCGGUCCCGCUGCUGAUCCGCGUGAAGACAGCCGAGGAUGCCGACGAGCUGCACAGAAUCCUGCAGGAGAAGAAGGCUUGAAGCUUCCUUCCUUUCUCCCAGCCAUCCCGCUCCUUUCAAGCAUUCUGUUAGUCUUUGUCCUCCUCGAACCCGCCUCCUGUUGCCGCUGUCCGACCGCAGUUUGUGCGGUUCGCAGUUGUUUCUGGUCACCUGCUAGUUUUCAAAUACGAGCCCUUUGGUUGCAUGCCUGUACAUAUUUCAGUUUUGAGUUUGAGAAGUCCGUCUUCAAACUGUGAAAUUGAAUUCCUUAACUAUGCUUCUAGGCAUACAGUACUUGGAGUUAGCCAGAG